AUGAGCAUGGACGCAGGCGGUCUCGUUCAGAUGACUUACAACAACAACUACCCCGGCAACACGCCAUCCUUCGGUUCACGAGGCAAGGGCUCGCACCUUCGCAACAUCUCUGUGCCCGUGUCCCAGAACAACCUUUCCGCUCCCUCGGUGGAGAAACAGCCCGUGACCACCCCCCGCACGGCCAGAUCCGCCCUGUUGGCUGGCCUCCGUACUGCCCCCAAGACCCCUGUCUCUGCCGCGAUGCCCACUCCGCAGGUCAACGAGAACAGCCUUGAGAACAGCAAGUACGCCAGCAGCAGCAGCUCAGCCGCUAGCACGGUUGGGUCCUUCUCGGCCCGUGCUGCUGCCCGCAACAGUGCAAACAACCAGAACCAGAAUGCCAAUCGCUACCAGGGCCCGCAGAACACCCCCCGCUCGGCCAACACGGGGUACCAGCAGAUGCCCUCUAACCAGGGCUACAGCAACGGGGAGAUGAUGGAGACGAUGGAUGAGGCCGAGGCGGACAUGUACCAGCAGCUGUUGGCAACAAACUACAUCCUCACCCAGCAGCAGGCACAGCUCCAGCAGCAGUUGGCGAGCUUUGCGGCUUCGAGCGUGGCGGCGAGGCAGGCGCAGAUCUUGCAGCAGCAGAUUCAGCAGUUGCAGUUGCAGUCGACGGGGCAGGCUGGAUUUGCCAACCCACCGCUUAGCCCCGGUGGGAUGAACAUGUACAUGCAGCAGCAGAUGUCGCAGAAUAACGCUAACAUGGUUGCUGGUGGUGGGUACUACCCGCUUUACAACAACAAUGCGGUGCAGUCCCAGUAUGGGUACUAUGUUCAGCAGCAGCAGCAGCAGCAGGUCAAUGCGACUCAGUAUCAGCAGGCCCAGCAGCAGGUUCAGCAGCAGGUUCAACAGCAGCAGCAGCAAGCACCUGUUGCCCAGCCUGAAAGCCCUCCUUUGUAUGCGCAGCAGCAGCAGCAGACUUCUUCUGUUAACAACACUCUUCCUCUGCGCUCUGCACGCUCUCGUUCUCCGCCCAAGCUUAACUUGCAGCAGCAGCAGCAGCAGCAGCCGACUAGUACAACGCCCCCAGCUGGGUUCAAGCGCGGUCACCGCAAGGCCAGCUCCCUCUCGACCUGCAUCAACAUCAACAACCUCGAGAUUGACCCCGCACCAAAGACCUCCCUGCCGAGGCUUUCCAUGCUCCCUUCCACACCCCUGACUGCAACUUUCGCCCCAGGUCACGCCAGCGGCUCACACCCAAUCCGUCAGCCCCGUGGACCCCCCUCCAUCGAGGAGCUCAAGGCGAAGCCCACCUCUACCGUCGAGGGAAGCAAGAACUUCGCUACCAGGCAGCGCCGCAGGGCCGUCUCAAGGCUUGUUACCUCAAGCUUGGAGCGCAGGUCUGCUAGGUCUGCAUCUGGCACUAUGACACCCGUCUCUGAGAAUGAGGGGUUCGCGUUCGACAACGAGAGUGUUGCAUCGUCGCUGUCUGGCCGCCAGAGUAACGAGAGUUUGAGGGGUGGAUCAGGAUCCCCGCAGGAGUACAGCGCUUCCAGCGUUAGUGGUGAUGAGAGUGGGAGUGUUAGUGGGAAGGAGGGCGCUGGGAAGCUGAAGGCGCCCAGGUUGGUCUUUUCGGCCGAUAAGAGGAGGAGUGCCAUGUUCUAA